UCUGACCGGUAGUAACUGAGCAGUGGCGUCUUAUGAGUGAGUUUCUUAUUGUCAGUUUAUGAAAUAGUUAGCAAAUAUUUCGUCAGAUAGACUUUAAAAAAACUCGAAUUAGUCUUCGUAUGGUCAAGGCUGUCGCUGCUGUUUUUGUCAGAAAAGUUUGGUCAGGAAUACAGUCCAGAAUGCUGUCAGCGCAGGCGGAUCGAGUCAUGGAAAAUGGAGAAUGGGAGGAACGCUGGCAGGAGGGUAGAAUUGGUUUCCAUCAGCCCCAAGUGCAUAAGAUGCUGGAGACCAAUAUUGAUAAAGUUCUUGCUGGACGAGCACACAUUUCCUUCUUCUUCCCUCUCUGUGGAAAGGCUGUAGAUAUGAAGUGGCUAGCUGACAUGGGUCAUUCAGUGGUCGGGGUGGAGCUAGCUGAAAAGGCCAUCCAACAGUUCUUUGAGGAGAACAACAUGACUUACAGUGAGGAGCCUGUUCCUUCCAUACCUGGAGCCAAAGUUUACAGGAACCCUGAAAGAAACAUCUCAUUAUACCAGUGUGACAUCUACAAGUUCUCCAGUUCCGUUCAGGGACAGUUUGGGGCAAUCUGGGACAGGGGCUCCCUUGUGGCCAUCAACCCAAGAGACAGAGAAAAAUACGCUGCUCUGAUCAUUUCUCUCAUGGCCAAAGACUGCAGAUACCUUUUGGACACUUUGCUGUAUAAUCCUGAAUUAUACAAAGGACCCCCAUUCUUUGUGCCAGAUGAACAAGUACACAGCCUGUUUGGGAGCAGCUGUGAUAUUGAGCGACUGCUGUCAGUGGAUGCCCUGACAGACCGACAGCGAAGCUGGGGGUUGGACUACUUUACUGAAAAUGUACACCUCAUCACUCCAAAGAGCAAUUAAAGUCUAGCUUGUAAGUUUGGAGAGCACAGGAAAGCAUACUUAAAGGCAUUUUAUUUCAAACAAGCAUUUUUUUUUUUUAAUGCUACACAUACUUUUGACAUGGUUGCAUUUGUUUAAAAUUGAAAAUAAAAUGAAAGAAGUUCUUUAA